GAACACGAUAAGACGCAGGAAUGUGAAAGGCUCCCGCCCGCCGCCAUUUUCUUUCUUUCUUCGCAGGCAGAGAGCGCGGUAGGAAGUGGCGAAGCGGACAUGUCGGAUUACUCUACGGUGCCCCCUCCUUCUUCGGGUGCGCCCGGGGGAGGCGGAGGAGGCGGCGGGGCAGUCAAUGAUGCUUUUAAAGACGCGCUGCAACGGGCUAGGCAGAUUGCAGCAAAAAUUGGAAAUGAAUCCGGGACAUCAGUGAAUUCAAAUGAUUACAGUUAUGGGGGACAGAAAAGACCUCUUGAAGAUGGAGAUGGCUCUUGGACAAGUCCGAGCAGUACAACACACUGGGAGGGAAUGCCCUCUCCUUUUAAAGAUCAACCAGAGCCUAAGAAAGUUGCUCCUCCAAAUAAUGAUUCUUUUGGAAAUCAGUUACCGCCCAUGCAUCAACAACAAAGGUCUGUAAUGACAGAAGAAUACAAAGUUCCCGAUGGAAUGGUUGGAUUCAUAAUUGGCAGAGGAGGAGAACAGAUAUCUCGCAUACAGCAAGAAUCUGGAUGCAAAAUACAGAUUGCACCUGAUAGUGGUGGGCUGCCUGAAAGAUCUUGCAUGUUAACUGGAACUCCAGAAUCAGUACAGUCUGCAAAGAGAUUGCUUGACCAGAUAGUUGAAAAAGGAAGGCCUACACCAGGAUUCCAUCAUGGUGAUGGUCCGGGAAAUGCAGUCCAGGAAAUUAUGAUACCAGCUAGCAAAGCAGGAUUAGUUAUUGGAAAGGGUGGAGAGACAAUAAAGCAACUUCAAGAACGAGCAGGCGUUAAGAUGGUAAUGAUUCAAGAUGGACCCCAGAACACUGGAGCAGACAAACCUCUUAGGAUCACAGGAGAUCCGUACAAAGUUCAACAAGCCAAGGAAAUGGUUUUAGACCUAAUUCGUGAUCAAGGUGGUUUUAGAGAGGUGCGCAAUGAAUAUGGGUCAAGAAUAGGAGGCAACGAAGGGCUAGAUGUCCCAAUACCACGAUUUGCUGUUGGUAUUGUAAUUGGAAGAAAUGGAGAAAUGAUAAAAAAGAUACAGAAUGAUGCUGGUGUGAGGAUCCAGUUUAAACCAGAUGAUGGAACAACUCCAGACAGAAUAGCCCAGAUCACAGGACCUCCAGACAGAUGCCAACAUGCAGCAGAAAUUAUUACAGAUCUUCUUCGAAGUGUCCAGGCUGGCAAUCCUGGUGGUCCAGGGCCUGGUGGUCGUGGAAGAGGUAGAGGUCAGGGCAAUUGGAAUAUGGGCCCGCCUGGUGGACUACAAGAAUUUAAUUUUAUUGUGCCCACUGGAAAAACUGGAUUAAUAAUUGGGAAAGGUGGUGAAACUAUCAAGAGCAUUAGCCAACAAUCUGGUGCAAGAAUAGAACUUCAAAGAAACCCUCCACCAAAUGCAGAUCCCAACAUGAAAUUGUUUACUAUUCGGGGGACACCACAACAGAUUGAUUAUGCUCGGCAGCUCAUAGAAGAAAAGAUUGGGGGUCCAGUGAAUCCUCUAGGUCCACCUGUGCCACAUGGGCCUCAUGGUGUUGUUCCUGGGCCACAUGGGCCUCCUGGGCCACCUCCUGGGGCUCCAAUGGGACCUUACAAUCCAGCUCCUUAUACACCUGGACCUCCAGGUCCUGCACCCCAUGGGCCUCCAGCACCAUACGCUCCACAAGGAUGGGGUAAUGCUUAUCCACACUGGCAGCCACCUAAUCCUCCAGAUCCUGGUAAGCCAACAGAUCCUAAUUCAGCAGCAUGGGCAGCCUAUUAUGCUCACUACUAUCAGCAGCAAGCACAGCCACCACCUGCGGCUCCGCCUAGUGCACCACCAGCCACUCAGACCAAUGGACAAGGAGAUCAACCAAAUCCAGCACCAGCAGGGCAGGUAGAUUAUACCAAGGCAUGGGAAGAGUACUAUAAAAAAAUGGGUCAACAAGGGCAGCCACAAGAUUAUUCAAAGGCUUGGGAGGAAUAUUACAAGAAGCAAGGUCAGGCAGUUCCAGCUCCUGCCGGAGCCCCACCAGCAGGUCAGCCAGAUUAUAGUGCAGCGUGGGCCGAGUACUAUAGACAGCAGGCAGCCUAUUAUGCCCAGACAAGUCCACAAGGAAUGCCACAACACCCUCCAGCACCACAGGGCCAAUAAUAAGAAGUGGACAAUACAGUAUUUGCUUCAUUAUGUGGGGGAAAAAACCUUUGUUAAAUGUAUGGAUGCAGACGCCUUGAUGAAGAUCAUAAUUUUGUUUGGUUUAAAAAUAGUGUUUUUGAAAAUGUACAAAAUAUCUAUCACUACUGAUAGGAGGUAAUAUUUCUGUGUAGAAAUGGAAAUUGGUUUGUUUUUAGUACAUUAGUGUAGAUGUACACAUUCCAGCAAAUGUAUUUGCAACUAUUAUGUGGUCAAUGCUUUGUGAUAUAAAUGUACUUUUUCAAUGUAUACUUGAUCACUUUUAAAUGCCUGUUUUGUGCUUUACAAUAAAUAAUAUGAAACCUCCUGUGUCGGUAAGUUGGAUAUGUGGAUACUUGGAAAAUUCAAGGAUUUGUUAGUAAUACUAUACAUGAACACAAGUAAGGUGUUUUUUUCCCCCUUGGAAGUUUGGGCUUGACAUUGGUAUUCUCCCCUUGCAGAAUAGUUAUAGAAAAAUCUCUUUCAUGCUUGUAUUUUUACUGUUUAGCAUCUUGGUAUCUUCCUCUUUCUACUUAAUUAAAAAUUGCAUGUAUGUGAAGGUGUUUCUUGACAUACUUCUACUGCAUUAACAGUUGAAAUUUCUUUUUUUAUUAUUAUUCAUGACCACUGUCUCAGACCCAUAUAGCUGUAUAGUUAACAUUUGUGUUUAUACAUGAUUUAAUUCUUCAGUAUUUUUUCAGGCAUGUUAUUAUAAUCAGUUACUCAAGAAGGCAAAAUGUGCAAGCAAUCAGUUUGCAGCACUUUGCUUCAGAAUUCAGUGUAGUAAGGAUGCUAUGUUUUUUAGUUACCAAAACUGCAUUUGUCUUAGAAACAUGCUUUUGGAGUUUGAGCAUGCCUAACAGAAAAACAUCUCGCAGAUGAGGUCUGUUUUUAAAAUGCUGAAGCCUAGUCAUUAAGUUAUAUUUUGAAAAAUCUCCGUAAAACAUUUUACUUCUAAUAAUUAAUACUGAAAACUGAUAUUCUGAUAAAAUCCACUGUUUGCUUUCUUGCAUAUCUUAGAUUACAUGCAAUCAGUCUGUCUUGCCAUUGUCUGUUGAAGUGCAGGUUUGAUCCAGCCAGUAUAGAACUAGCUCUGUAGGGGUGAGGAGGACUGUGCUGUGUAUCAUCCUUGAUUGUUCCUUCAAGGAGCAUUGCACUGUAAGUACAUCAGAAUGACAAAAUGAUGAACUGCAACAGUAUCUUUUUGUCACUGUUCCACAUAAUGCAAAUGCCAUACCUCUGUGAAUAUUAUGUUGGAAUAAAAUACAGUGCUAAUAUUUUAGAAAAUCAUAAUUGCUUCUUAAUUCAGAAACCUAGGUAUGCAUAAAUAUGUCUGUAUGAGCUUUAUGGGUAAGUAUUCUUGAGACAUUCAGCUUUAGCUAAAGAAAUUGUCAUUUACCCGAGUAACAUUGUUCAUUAGGGGUUCAGAAAUGAGAUCUAUUCAGAUAUAAACUUGUGCAUUGUUAACGUUCAAAAUGCUUGUUAGGAGGAAGUUGUUUUGUCUUCAGUUGUCUGAAUAUAUUUGGUGAUAUAGGUAUAUGUUAAUUUUAUAAACGUUUAUUAGCCUUAUCUUUGGAAAACCAUUUUGUUGUUUUGGAGUAUUCACUUAGGGUGGCUGCAAGAGAAGAACAAAAUGAGGUCUAAAUGAAGUAGUUUUACUGCACAGAUAAUUAGAAAUGCAUUUUGUUGUACUGUAGAAUCAGGGAAUUAUUUUUAUCCCAAUUUAGGUUAGGAUUUAAAUUUUGAAAAGACUACUAGGAAGUUAUUAAAUAUAUGUAGAGUAGGCUAUGAAGUCUCUAGAUCAAAUAUUUUGCAUGAUUAGUCUGUAGUUUAUUGGGGAAUGGUGUAGUUACUAACUAAACAGAACAAAAAUUCACCAGACUCUUUAUCAUUCACCAAAUGGAGGCUGUUGAUUUUGAUUCAUUUAAAGUAUAAAAUCUUUAUUAAUUGCAAACAGUGCAAUUAUUUAUACUUCACAGUGCCUUCCCAGACCUUCCACCUUAGGUUCUGCUGCAAAAAGCACAGGUAAGCACAACCUAAGGAAGUGUAUAAAUACAUAUUUCAGUAUAUUAAUGUUGUCCCUGUGAGAUUUUUUUUGUGCUUGUGUAUUCAAAAGCAAUCUGCCAAUAUCUUUCCCCAAAUGUAUUCUUGCUAUUCAUGGUUUCAUUCCAAUGGAAAGUCUGAAACAAUUACUUACAUUUCUGGGUAAAUGUGUUUCUUUAUUUUUAAAAGAUAAGUGGAUUGCUGCAAUAUUUUUUGAGUAAGUCACUUUUACUAUUUUUCCCUCAAUAACUGAGUUGUUACAAAUGAAUAUAAAAUAUUUUUUUCAAGAUACAGGAAAUAUUGGUCAGAACUUCAACAGCCUUCACAAAUGCUUUUAUAAUGUUAAAGGAUGUUAUACCCAAUACUACUUAUUCAAGCAUACUGUGUGUUUCUCUCAAUCCCAAAAUAAGUUGGAAUUAUACACCAUGAGACAAAAAUUAACCUAGCUUGCUUAUUUCAUACAGAAGGAAGUUUUAAACUUGAAUUUUACAGAAUAGUUUUAGAAAGCAUGUGUGCCAGUGAAAUGUUAACAGUUUAGUAAAUCUUUCUUUUUUAUAGCAAUGUCCUUCCUACCUUGCUAUUUCAGCUGAAUUGCUGUAUAUUUUUGCCAGUUUAAAUGUUUUGUAUAUGGCUUCUCUAGAUAGCUUAACUGAUAAAAUUUUUCAGUUUAAAUAGACAAUACUAAGGCAGUACCAUCAGUUUUUUGUUUGUCACUUAAUAUAAUGUUUUGAUUUUAUCAAAAAGCCUGCUUUUCUCUGCAUCAAAGAAAAAUAUUCAAAAACCCUGCCUUGAUUUUCACACACAGUGCUGAAGAUGCUGCAAGCACCAAAUCAUAGCUCAUAAAAUCAGGUCCUGAGAUAGUUACUUCCAAUAAAGAGGAUUCCUUUGAGUGUAUGGCCAUGGUGAGCCGAUGAGCAUGGACCAUAGAAGGGCUCCAUGUAGAAGGUAAAAUUGGCAAAACAAAUACCGAUUUUAAAUGUAUCCCAUACUUAAUGGUGUAGGGUAUAAUUUGCCUGUUUUAAUCGCUUCUCAUUCUUUAAAAUGCUAUUUGCUUGACCAUAAAUGUUCCAUAAUUUGUUAUGUGGUAAUAAUACAAACCAUCUAUCAAUUUACACUUUGCUAAAUAGUCAAGCAUAGAUAUGUUUUGCAUUUCACAACUAAAUUAAUAGUUGUACUUGAAUUCCCUCAAGCCACUUCAUUUUUUUGUUAUAAUUCAACAUGUCAGAUUUCAUUUUUAUAUGAGAACUAGAUGUGUGCUGAGGAGCUUCAUCUUGGUUGGAUUUUGUUACACCAUUUUAAAAUAAAGCUUAUUUUUCUAUUCCGAUUUUAGUCAAGGUAGCUUAAAUUGAAAUUAACUUCAAGGACAAGAGAUGUAAUUGAAAAAAAUAAAUUGGUGUAGGACAUGAUAGAUGACCUGCUUUAAUAAUCUUUAUAUUUCAUUUUAAUUUUGCUGGUGGACCUAUAGGCAUCUUCUUGCACUAAGUGUAGUUUUUAUGUUCAGUUUGUGUGAUUUCUUUCAAAAAUAUUGGGUUGGAUUGAAAGAAUCCGUUCCACUCGUUGAGCAGAACCUUUGGAUCCAGUCCAUAGACGGUUAGUUUACGAGCAGUUCAUGUGCUAUAGUAGAAAGAAUAAUGGUAAAAUUUUCAGAGAAUCCUAGGCAGAAGUGAGAGUAAUUAAUACUUUAAAAGAAAAGAACAUCUUAAUUUCAAGUGAUCGUAAUGUUUACAAAUCAUCCUUCAGCAUGUGUUCAAUGUAGGAUAUGCUUUAGUAGUUCAAAAAAGCCAUCUUUAUCUAGAUUUGUUGUGUAAAUUACUCUUCAGUGAUCGUAAUAGCUAGGUAGGCUGUAUCAUUCACUAAUCCUUUUUCUUGAAAAUGUCAGCUGCUGGGAAACCUUUCUUUUCAUAAGUUAGAGCAUAGAGCAUUUAGGUUUUCUUUGUGUGCUAAUGGUUCAUAGAGCCAAAUAAUUGGGCUCUGCAGAGUGCAUAGAUCCACAUUUCAUACUGGUUGUUAUAAAACCCUUCUGUUUAUGCAACCUUUAUCUGAUAUGCAUGCAAGAUGCAUUUUCGUCCUGAGAUAGUGUUCUCUACAGAAACUACCCGUGUAAAAAAAAGAAGACUGUCUUUUAAAGGCUACUGUGAUGGGAAGUAUCUUAGGGAGAUGCAGCUUGGACGUGAGGUAAAUCAAAUGCUUUACAGUAUGUUGUGUUGAGCUUGCAAUAUUGACAUUGUAUGUACUCAUGAAUACACAUUAAUUGUAAUGUUUUUGUAUGAGUUCUCAAUAAAUGUAAACUAAUGGGUAAUAA